GUGAGUGUGUGCUCCGGAGCCUGGCCUCGGCACACAUUUCUUCUUAUUAAAAAAAUAUAAAAAAUAAAAAAAAAUCACAAAAUCCCUUGGAAAAACCCAGAAAAAUCCCCUUUUUUUUCUUCCAACGUUUUUAUUUUCGUUGAUUUUAAAGAAAAAAAAAACCCCGUUUUCCCUCCCGCGCCCUCGAAGUGAUUUUAAAGCUUGAAAAGACAAAAAAAUAAGCAACGGAAGAAACACCGACAAAAAAUAGAAAAACAAAAACCAACUGAAAAAAAAAUCCGGUAAAGAGAAGAGUGAAGCGAAGUCCGCUGAGGAGACCGAGGCAACGCGACAAGCCCGUGAAUUUUGAAUCUCCAUAAAUAAAAAUGAAUCCAAGUGCUCCCAGCUACCCCAUGGCUUCCCUGUAUGUUGGGGACCUUCAUCCAGAUGUCACAGAGGCCAUGCUUUAUGAGAAGUUUAGCCCUGCUGGUCCCAUUCUGUCAAUCCGAGUUUGCAGAGAUAUGAUUACCCGACGCUCACUGGGAUAUGCAUAUGUCAACUUCCAGCAGCCAGCUGAUGCUGAACGUGCUUUGGAUACAAUGAACUUUGAUGUUAUAAAGGGCAAGCCUGUGCGCAUUAUGUGGUCUCAGCGUGACCCUUCUCUGCGAAAGAGUGGAGUUGGUAACAUUUUCAUCAAAAACCUGGACAAGUCUAUUGAUAACAAAGCCCUGUACGAUACAUUUUCUGCAUUUGGAAACAUCCUUUCCUGUAAGGUGGUUUGUGAUGAAAAUGGAUCUAAAGGCUAUGGCUUUGUUCACUUUGAGACACAAGAGGCAGCUGAGAGAGCUAUUGAUAAAAUGAAUGGCAUGCUUCUUAAUGACCGCAAAGUAUUUGUUGGGCGCUUUAAGUCCCGCAAAGAGCGUGAAGCUGAGCUUGGUGCCAGAGCCAAGGAAUUUACAAAUGUGUACAUCAAAAAUUUUGGAGAAGACAUGGAUGAUGAGCGUCUGAAAGAGAUGUUUGGCAAAUAUGGGCCAGCUCUUAGUGUUAAAGUUAUGACAGAUGACAAUGGAAAGUCAAAAGGCUUUGGCUUUGUCAGCUUUGAAAGACAUGAAGAUGCACAAAAAGCUGUAGAUGAUAUGAAUGGCAAGGAUAUGAAUGGGAAGGCCAUAUAUGUGGGCCGGGCACAGAAAAAGGUGGAAAGGCAAACUGAACUUAAGCGCAAGUUUGAACAAAUGAAGCAGGACCGCAUCACCAGAUACCAGGGUGUUAACCUCUAUGUUAAAAACCUUGAUGAUGGUAUUGAUGAUGAACGACUGCGGAAAGAAUUCUCACCUUUUGGUACAAUCACCAGUGCUAAGGUAAUGAUGGAAGGUGGCCGCAGUAAAGGUUUUGGAUUCGUAUGCUUCUCUUCACCCGAAGAGGCCACUAAAGCAGUAACUGAAAUGAAUGGUAGAAUUGUUGCCACAAAGCCCCUGUAUGUGGCAUUGGCACAAAGAAAAGAGGAGCGGCAAGCUCACUUGACCAACCAGUACAUGCAGAGGAUGGCAAGUGUUCGUGUACCAAAUCCUGUGAUCAACCCAUACCAGCCACCACCAUCCAGCUACUUCAUGGCAGCAAUCCCACCGGCACAAAACCGUGCUGCGUACUACCCACCUGGCCAGAUUGCACAGCUUAGGCCCAGCCCCCGUUGGACUGCACAAGGUGCCAGGCCUCAUCCAUUCCAGAACAUGCCAGGAGCAAUCCGUCCUACUGCUCCAAGACCGCCAACAUUCAGUACAAUGAGACCAGCUUCUAAUCAGGUCCCGCGUGUUGUGUCGGCUCAACGUGUUGCCAACACAUCAACCCAGACUAUGGGUCCUCGGCCAACAACUGCUGCUGCAGCUGCAACUUCCGCUGUCAGGACUGUUCCUCAGUAUAAAUAUGCAGCUGGUGUGCGCAAUCCUCAGCAGCACCUUAAUACCCAGCCCCAAGUGGCUAUGCAGCAGCCUGCUGUCCAUGUACAAGGCCAGGAACCUCUGACUGCUUCCAUGCUGGCAGCGGCUCCUCCUCAGGAGCAGAAACAAAUGCUCGGUGAGCGGCUCUUCCCACUUAUCCAAGCAAUGCACCCAACUCUGGCUGGCAAAAUUACUGGAAUGUUACUGGAGAUUGACAACUCUGAGCUUCUCCAUAUGCUUGAAUCCCCAGAGUCACUGCGCUCAAAGGUCGAUGAAGCUGUUGCUGUGUUGCAAGCCCAUCAGGCCAAGGAAGCUGCCCAGAAGGCUGUUAAUGUAACUGGAGUGCCAACUGCUUAAGAUGCAUGUAUAAGGGAACGUCGGCGGACUUCACUUCACCAGAGAAAACUAUCAAAACAUCGAAAAACUGAAAUGUUGCAAAAACACUGCAAAACAUAAAAUCAAAUAAAAAAGGAAAGGAAACGUUAAUGCCUACGUACAGAACAAAUGCCAGGGCUGGCGCAAGGUUGCUGGUCCUAGAUAUUAAAAAAAAAAAUACAAAAAAAAUAGCAAAAUAUAAAAGUGAAACUAAUUUUUUGUUUUUAGACCCGGGGAAAGGCAUUUUGAACACAGUACGAGAAGUUAAGCAUUCCUUUCUUUCAUUUUGUAAUUCUUUACUGUGGAAAAGCUCAGCAUUUCACCACUGUUAUAGCAGCUUGUGGGAAAUGAUAGCUGAGCACAGAAACAUAAUUUGGAUUAUAAAAGUCUUGCUUUAAUAAAAAUUACUUAAAAACCCUG